AUGAAUAGGAAAAAAUAUCUUGAUAAGUAUUUUGAUUAUAAAAGUUUAACUAAGAUACAACUGAGAGAUGUUUUAUCCCAAUUUAAUAUACCAAAUAUACCCCCUCUUAGUGCUAAAAAGAGUGUCAUUUUAAGAUUUUAUGAAGAGAAUAUCUAUAACAGAAUUGAACAUUUGAAAGAACUAGAUUCUACUAACUUUAGCAAUCAAAAUAUCUUCCAAUCUUCAGUCACCAAUUCUCCAGUCAAAUCUUCUUUAAAUAACCUUAACAAUACUUCUUUAGAUAAUAUUAACAGUAGUUUUGUUCAAUCAGAUAACAGUUUUAUUAGUAAUUUAAAUAGUGAAAAUUUUUAUAUAAAAGGUGAUGAUAUAAGAGAAACAAGUAAAAUUAAAAUUGAUAACGAUAAAGAAGAAAUUAAAACUAAAACUUUAGAUUCUUUCUUUAAUUCCGUUCAAAAUAAUUCUAAAAUAGAGUUAGCGGAAGAAUCAAAUGAAAAAUCAAAUGAAGAAGUGAAAAAUAAAUCUUCUUUUAAUGAAGAGAUACAUUCAAAUAAUGAUGUCAAUAGAAGAAGCUUACUUUUUUCUAUAAUUUUAAGAAUGAUUAAGGUUAUUUUUAAGCUAUUUAAAUACACUUUUUAUUUAUUAAUAUUAUCAAGUAUUGGAUUAGUUAUUUAUAUGAAAUUCUUUUUACCGUAUUGUGAUGGAACUAGAAAAUGGUGCAUUCCUUUGCCAAAGCAUGGUUUACUUUUCAAUGGUAAAUUAAAAUGCGCUAAAAAUUUUAAGAAAGUCACAUCAAUAAUUGAUCAUUGUGUAUUUGAUCAAAGUAUAAUUUUAGCUAAAAAAUAUCGAGUUGAUUCUAUUAUUAGAAAAUUAAAUUACAUAAGAGGUGAAUAUGAAUAUGGGUAUAGAUCUACUCCUAGAGUGCCUGUCGAAAGAUUAGAAACCGAUUCUGAAAUUAUAGAAAUGAUUAAGAAUUCAAAUUUAGUUAUUUUUACAAACAAUUAUAGUGUUGUUGAGUCAAUUAUGACUAAAGUAUCUUUUAAGAUUUUAUUAAGAUAUGGAAUAACAAUAUUUCUUAAGUAUGCUAUUACUAUUAUGGUAAUAAUUAGUAUUUGUGUAUAUCUUUUUAUACUUACGAGAAGUAGAAUUAAAAGUAGUAGAGAAGCUGAAAAGUUAUUACCUCCUAUUUUAGAAUCAUUAAGAAGACAGAUAAUGACAGCAAUUAAAACACCUGUGGUAUAUGAAUAUGUCUAUUCUAAACAGUUAAAACAAGCAUUUCAGUGUAAUGAUGAGAUAUGGACGUAUGUAGAAAGAAAAUUGAUUAAGAAUGUAAAUGUAGAAACUAAACAGGAAAAUAACGAUUUGUGUUUUAAAUGGGUAGGACCGAUCUAUUUUGAGUCUAAAUAA